AUUUCCUCUUUUCUCUCCACCAGCCCCCUAUGGUGUCCAUACUUGGCCCCCAGGAGCCCUUAUUGUCUUUUUCUAAUGAGCGCCCCAGUGAGACACGGUGAGGUUUUAAAUGCAGGCUAUUCAUAGGUCAGUGACUUCGCCCCGUCCAGCUGCUGGGGAAGAAUGGCAAGGGAAAUCAAUCAGUUACCAGUGAAAAGUUUCAUUUUCUUCUCCCCUGACCUCACUUGACCCGUCAACACAAUAACCUCUGAACUUCAUUUUGAGGAUAGAUGUUGCUUCGACGCAAGGAACAACGCUCUCUUCCAGGUGGUCCAGACAGGAAGCAGCCUGAGUGUGUCUUGGAUCACAGACUUGGCUCCUGGAUUCUUCCUCCUGAGUCUUGCUCCAGAGGCCUGAGUGCCAUGCCAGAGGGGUCCCACUCUGCUCUCCACCAGGGCCCAAUGGGGGAAGAAUCUCCUCAGUUCUCCUCGCUUCUCCUCACCAGUAAUCAUGACCAGGCAAACAUGGACUUGGGCCAAGACUGUUACAGCCGACUUUGUGCGGAGCCACUGGAUGGAGAGGGUGAACGUCCAGUGAGCCUUGUGUCCACCCUGUCCUCAGACUCAUCCCGCGACAGUCGCAGCCUCUUCGGAAGCACCAUCGCAAUACCUUCCUCCAACACCCCACCCGUACCGUGCGGGGAGGACAUAGACUUGGAGCUGAGUCCGGCCAAAGGUAACGGCGAACAGGCUGGGGACCAGAGCCCCAUCCUCACAAGCUCCAGGGGCCGCUGGCAGGAACGGCUGGAGCCCCGGGUGAUCAGCCACCAGUGGAACAACAACAACGCGGCCUCCAACAGGAAGGUGAUCGCUCAAAUACCUCACAUCACUGCCUCGCCUGUCGUCGCAAACGCCAUGGCGCCCAACCCGAAGCUGACCUACGUGGACCGUGUGGUCAUGGAGAUCAUUGAGACAGAACGCAUGUACGUCAAGGACCUGCGCAGCAUCGUGGAGGACUAUUUGGCUCACAUCAUCGACAUGAGCAACCUCCCCAUACGGCCAGAGCAAGUGUGUGCCCUGUUUGGAAACAUAGAGGACAUAUAUGAGUUCAACAGUGAACUGCUGCAGUCUCUGGAUAUGUGUGAGAACGACCCUGUGGCCAUAGCUAGAUGCUUUGUAGAUAAGAGUGAAUACUUUGAAAUUUAUACCCAGUAUUGCACCAACUAUCCCAACUCUGUGGCAGCACUGACUGACUGCAUGAGGAGUAACACCUUAGCCAAGUUCUUCAGGGAUCGACAAGCUGCUCUGAAGCGCUCGCUCCCUUUGGGCUCCUUCCUGCUCAAGCCAGUUCAGAGGAUCCUGAAAUAUCAUCUGCUGCUGCAGGAAAUUGCGAAGCACUUUGACCCAGACGAGGAGGGAAAUGAGGUGGUUCAGGAGGCCAUCGACACCAUGACCGGAGUGGCCUGGUACAUCAAUGACAUGAAGAGGAAACAUGAACAUGCUGUCAGGGUUCAGGAGAUACAGUCUCUUCUGAUCAACUGGAAGGGUCCUGACCUGACCACCUAUGGAGAGCUGGUGCUGGAGGGCACGUUUCAUGUCUUAAGGGCGAAGAACACCCGCACACUCUUCCUCUUCGAAAAGAUGCUCCUCUUUACCAAGAAACGAGGGGAACACUACGUCUAUAAGACCCACAUCUUGUGCUCCACCCUAAUGCUGCUUGACAGUGCCAAGGAUCCCCUGCUCUUCAGUGUCAUCCAUUUCAAGCAUCCCAAGCAGCCACAUACAGUGCAGGCCAAAUCAGUAGAGGAGAAGCGUCUCUGGGCCCAUCACAUUAAGAGGCUCAUUCUUGAGAACCACAACACAAUCGUCCCCCAGAAGGCAAAAGAUGCCAUCCUGGACAACUCAAACUAUCUAGGAAAGUACCACUACAGUCCUGAGAGGCUGAAUAAAGCAGAGUCCUGCCGCGGGGACGACUUCCAUCAGGGAGGACGAAAGGGGCGAAGGAGAUCAGAGCCUGCAAAAAGAAUCAUGAGGAGCACAAAAGCUGUGCUGAAGCAUGCAGGCAGUGAGGGUGCACUGCUGGGGGAUAGGCGCACCCUUCAGCCAGCCGCUAGUGUCAGAACGCUGGACCCCGGCCUCGAUGACCCUCAGGCUGAGAGGCCAUGUGUGGACGAUCUGAUCCCGAGAAGGGACUCUCUGGAGCAGCUAAGUCCGACUGACACUGGCCCGAAACUGGGCUCUUCAUGCAGUGAGGGGGGUCUGGAGCUGCAGAAGGAGGAGGAUGAGGAGGAGGGGGAGAGUUACAAGGAAGAUAUACUAAUGGGAGAUGACCAGGUAGCCGACUUUGCCAACUCAGUGCUGGCAGCCAUCUCCUGCUGGCACUUUAGAGCCAGGGCUUUGCUUUCUACUCACUUCACAACGGACGAUCACGACAGAUUUGUGACUGAAGUGAAAGCUGAGACAGAAACUGGGAGGCAGGAGGAGAAUCACGUGGACGAGGCUAUUCAAAAAGCCCUCACUACACAGGUCAACGUGGAGGAGAUUUGCCCUCUAGACUGCGUCCCUCCAGAGAAGAGGAGGGAUCAACCGGAGGUGCAGCGCUCCCUGUGUCCCGAGUCUCCUGUGUCCCCCCCUCAAAAAGACGACGACACCCUAGAAACUGAGGAUACUUCAAGAGAAACUGGAGAGGAGGAAGAAGAAGGAGGGAGCGAUUCCUCUUGUCUCCAACCGGAGGAGGCGAGUGUACUGACAAACGGGGAGCUCUCAGAGGAGGAGGGGGAGGACGUGUUGGACCGUAAAAGCAUCCUUCCCAUGUCCGUGUUGGACCAGGCGAGCGUGAUAGCCGAGCGAUUCAUCCGUAGCUUGUCCAGACGGAGCAGCCUAGUGUCAGAGGACCUGGGUUCCCUCGCCUGUCCCUCUCCUCCAGCAGAAAACGAAGUCCUCAAAAGCCCCUCGGCCUGCAUGGACUUGGAGGAGCAGACCCAAAUGUUCGAGAGUUCAACCCCGGAGCCUCAGACCACCCCAGAGGUCAAUAUGUCGGCGCCUGCACACAACCCUGCACUGGACGUCCUCAUCGAAGGAGAACGGAGGUCGACACUUUCCAAACAAGAUCGUCUUCUCAUCCACAAGAUCAGGAGUUACUACGAGGAUGCCGAGCACCAGGAUGCUAACUUCAGCAUCAAGCGCCGGGAAAGUCUCUCCUACAUCCCGGCAGGUCUGGUUCAACAUUUGAGCCGACAGCUGAACAGCAUUCCUCAGGAGCAGGCCGUCCCAGUGCACAGGAAGGGCCUCUCUUGGAACCGGCCCACUUCCUGGUCUGUGUUCGACCUUCCUGGAUUAGAAAAGAGUCGAAACACUGAAACCGAACCGAAGAGAGCAGCGGAGGCCAUGGCGAGACCUCAGUGCAUCAGUGAAGCCUCAACCACUGAGGAAGAAGAGUUCAGAAGCUCAGAAGAAAUGAUCAAGGUUUGGCAAGACAUGGAAAUGGAGGAGGACGUCCUGCAGAUAGAAGAGGAGAAAGUGAAUGAUUCGAUAUUGGAAGCACCACAGGACAUGAGCUUCGAUACUUCAGAUGUUAAAAACAGCGAACAAACGCCUCAGAUUUUAGAAGAGUCUGAAACAUGCACUGCCUCAGAUGGUUCCUUGGUCUCAUCACCCAGCACAACCUCUCCACCGACAGAGGGCGGAUCUACACUGAGUACAACUCCUCCGUCACAGGAGAAGAACCACUUGAACCACAACCAGCUGCCGAAGAUCAUCAGCUUUCGAGCGAGUCUGGAUGAGGAACAGAUCCUGCAAGACAUGGGAAAGAUGAAAAACAAGGUGUUCCAGCUGGCUCGUCAGUACAGCCAACGCAUCAAGAACAACAGGCCUAUGGUGUGGCAGAGGAACCGAGACGCGGCCAAUCAGCAGGGCUUGAAGAGCCUGCCCGCUGUCCACGAGGAGAGGCUGCAGCUCAGGAAAAAGGGUAAACACAGCCUGAGAUUGCCUCUAAUUGGUUCUGAUCAGAUGGUCAUCCAUGAAGUGCGUUCUCCGAGCCCAGUCCAGACCCCCAACUCUGAUGCCAUCUCCCAGAGCUCAGACACCUGCCCUCAAAGCUCCCAGACGGAGAGAUUCCACUGGCCAGACGUGCAAGAACUUCGCUCCAAAUACACCCACUCCUCCAAAGUAACAGGUAGCUGCACAAUGGGGAUGUUGGAGUGCUGCAGCAGCGUGUGUAACAGCUGCUCACACAAGUACAGCAGCUCCUCAGACCUUCACAAAGCUCUGACAGACCGGACACAUUGUGAAGAAGGUCCAGCCGUAGAGGACUGGCCCCAGCCACGGCUUCAGCCCCUGCUGUGCAGGUGGAGCUCCUUGGACCACAUCGGGUCUCUUCCCCUCCACGAAGUGCAGAACCUCCAGGAUCCUGUGAGGAGCAGCUGCAUAGCAGGAAAACUCCAAGAACCGGACCACCUCCCCCAGGAGGAUCCUGACUGUGCAGAGAGGUCCUCCAUUUUCAGUUCAGGGAAGAUGUCAGAGAGUAAUCUAGUGAAAAGCUUACGGGAGAAGUUCCAGAGUUUAAGCUGAUGAUCGCGUGAAUCAUGUUUAUUUCUAUUAUCAGGAAACAGCUGCCAGUUAUCUAACGCUUCUCAACAUCCUCUUUUUCAUCUUGUCCCCAAAAAGAAUGCAGCUUACUGUCCGCACAUUGUUUUAGUACAGGAGACAUACAGUGAUGAAUUGUGUUUAACAUGAAAGGGAUAUUAUUGGUUAUUUGUUGGGUUUAUGAGGGGGAUGUGUGAUGUCUUUAAAAAAUGGUGUAUUGCAUUAUUUGUACACUGGGUAUUUACCUGCACUGUACAAUUUCAACUUUAUGUAAAAAAUGUGUAAAUAGUUUCCUGUAUCAGUUAAAGAUUAGGUCCUACUUUAUUAUUAUAUGCACCCACUGUUGGUGAUCCCUGCUAUAGUCACUAUAGCACUAUUAUCAUGUGACCACGUAAACUGUAAGCUGGAGUGUCAGGAAGCGAAGUGGAGGUGGACAAACACAGACUGAUCUUUUUUUUCAGCGUCCACACUGCCGUCUCACUGACGAGGAUCUCUGACCGAACACCAAAGACAGUUUCCUUUUAACUUUUGUAGUCUUUGAACGCAAGCCAUCACCGCAGUAACUGGCUUCCACGUUUUACUGUAGCUGCUUCUACAACUGUCCUCACAUACUGUAUCACAGGAGCUUUAAUUUCUCAACGUGUUGUAUAUUUUCUUAGAUAUUAUUUAUGAAACUGUAUAUUUGGGAGAAGUGGCCUUGUGUAAAUACUGAGCAGUAACAAUUUUACUUUUUAAAUUUCAGCUAAAGGAAAAAAAUGAUUGUUUCAUACUUGAAGUUUUCCGUAUUUUCAAUAAAAACAGAAAUGGUCAAGUGUC